CAACAGAGAUGUUGUGAUCUUCAGAGUUUUAAGUGAAAAUCAAUUGAUUUUAAAACCAUUGACAGAUAGUAUAAAAAUCUUUACUAGAAAAAGUACAAACUUUUGAAUUAUUUGAUGGUAGAUCAUUCUCAGAGUGCCGUGUUAAUCACAAUACCCUUGUUAAUAAAUAGAAAAUAUCUCAUACAAUUGUUGAUUUAAGUAAGAUUUUCAAGGUGUCAAAGUCCGUUUAACAAACGUGUAAAACUUUAGACGAAUUUGACUUGCCGUUUUUUUCUUACGGCUACCUCACGAAAGUAUUUGUUUUUCUAAAACUAUUUUUAUUACUUAAUUAAUAUUUUCAUGCCGAUCAAUAUCAUUUGACUACAAGUUAUUUGCUCUAAUUUUAGCAAUUGGAAUUUAUAAAUGCCUAUCAAUUAUAUUUUAAUCCAGAAUUGGUAUUCAGACGUUUUCAGUUAUGGAGAUUAUUAACAAAUUUCUGUUACUUUGGACCCAUUGGAUUUAAUUUUUUUUUUAACAUUUUGUUUACGUAUCGUUAUUGUCGUCAUUUAGAAGAAGGAAGUUUUCGUGGACGUGCAGCUGAUUUUUUAUUUAUGUUUUUAUUUGGUGGUACAUUAAUGACUUUAAUGGCAUUAUUUGUAAAUAUUAUAUUUUUGGGUAGUGCAUUGACCAUUAUGCUUGUUUAUGUAUGGAGUAGAAGAAAUCCAUUUGUUAGAAUGAAUUUUUUUGGACUUUUAAAUUUUAAUGCUCCUUAUCUUCCAUGGGUGCUAUUUGCUUUCUCAUUAUUACUGGGAAAUUCAGUAAUUGUUGAUCUUAUGGGUAUUGCUGUUGGUCAUGUGUACUAUUUUCUUGAGGACAUAUUUCCUCGAGAACAAGGUGGUUUUAAAUUACUUAAAACACCAAGAUUUUUACAUUGGUUAUUUGAUGAUAUCUCAAAUCGUGAUGAACCUGAUGUAAGACCGAAUGCAGGAAAUGCAGAAGUUCCAUUUGGCGCCGGUGGUUUUGUUUGGCAAUGA